UUCCAACUGAGGUGGGGGGAGGGGCCCGACGGGCUGUGAGGGGCCGGGAAGACUGUCAGGAUUUAAACUGACACAGAAACGUGGGGCUAUACGGCGACAGGGGCUGCCAGCUGGAGAAGGGACCAAGCGUAGCCGUCCCCCUGGGGACGGGGGAGACCGGGCGGGUGCCAGUCCUCUCCUCCGUGGCUCUUCCGCUCUUGGCCUUAACUUUGGGACUUGGCAGGGUUAGUGACGGGCACUUCAUCGGGAUCCGGGUGAGGAAGAGGCUUGCGGCCACGAUGGGAUUAGUCUCUCUCUCGGGGCCAUUGAGGGACUAACAAAUGCCUCUAAUCCGGAUUAACCGCAGUGACGUGGGCCCUCUUCUACUGUCCGUCUUAAAUUAAAAACCUGGUCCGGAGACUGCAGCUCCACACUCCUUCCUUUUCUAUCCCUUUGCCUGUCCAGCCCAACCGAGGAGGAGCAGGUCAGGGCCACCAGGUUCUUGCUAAGAUUGAAAGUCUGUAAGACUGAAAAAAGUGAACCUGUGUGAGGGAAGGAGUGAUUUUGUGUGCCGCUUCAGUGUGAGUGUGGUGGGUCCCAAAGCUUCACUAUGUCAGGGAAGCGGAAGCGUGUGGUGUUAACGAUUAAAGAUAAACUCGAUAUAAUAAAGAAACUUGAAGACGGAGGUUCUUCCAAACAACUGGCAGUUAUUUAUGGAAUUGGUGAAACAACAGUUCGGGAUAUAAGAAAAAACAAGGAAAAGAUUAUAACGUAUGCAAGCAGUUCUGAUUCUACAAGCCUUCUGGCCAAGAGAAAAUCGAUGAAGCCGUCCAUGUAUGAGGAGCUGGACAGAGCGAUGCUGGAAUGGUUCAACCAACAGAGAGCAAAAGGGAAUCCCAUAUCUGGCCCAAUUUGUGCAAAAAGGGCAGAGUUCUUCUUUUACGCCUUGGGGAUGGAUGGUGAUUUUAACCCUUCUGCUGGUUGGUUAACUCGGUUUAAACAGCGGCACAGCAUUAGAGAGAUUAACAUUAGGAAUGAAAGGUUAAAUGGAGAUGAAACUGCUGUGGAAGAGUUUUGUAACAGCUUUCGAAACUUUAUUGAACAAGAAAACUUGCAACCUGAACAAAUCUACAACGCAGAUGAAACUGGACUGUUUUGGAAGUGUCUGCCUUCUAGAACUUCGGUAAUCCGUGGUAAAUGCACUGCUGCUGGACACAGAUCAAUUGAAGAAAGAGUCACUAUCAUGUGCUGUGCCAAUGCAACAGGCUUACAUAAACUUAAGCUUUGUGUUGUGGGGAAAGCAAAGAAACCUCGUUCUUUCAAGUCAACGGACACUUCAAACCUGCCAGUCUCGUAUUUCAGCCAAAAAGGUGCAUGGAUGAAUCUCUCCAUUUUUCGACAAUGGUUUGAUAAGAUCUUUGUGCCGCAAGUUAGAGAAUAUUUAAGAUCCAAAGGCCUACAGGAAAAGGCUGUGCUCUUAUUGGAUAAUUCACCAACACACCCAAAUGAAAACGUUCUGAGAUCAGAUGAUGGCCAAAUAUUUGCUAAAUAUUUACCACCCAAUGUGGCUUCAUUGAUUCAGCCCUCAGAUCAGGGAGUCAUGGCAACAAUGAAAAGAAACUAUCGAGCAGGCCUUCUCCACAACAACUUGGAAGAAGGUAAUGACCUGAAAUCAUUUUGGAAGAAGCUAACUCUGCUAGAUGCGCUCUACGAAGUAGCAAUGGCAUGGAACUUGGUAAAACCAGUUACAAUUAGCAGAGCAUGGAAGAAGAUUCUUCCUACCCUAGAGGAGAAAGAAGUCUUGGACUUUGAUGAAGAAGAUAUUUCAAUAGCUACUGUGGCCACCAUUCUGCAGCACACCAAAGGAUUGGAAAAUGUGACUACAGAGAACAUUGAAAAAUGGCUUGAAGUGGACAGUACUGAACCAGGCUAUGAAGUGUUAACUGACAGCGAAAUCAUCAGAAGAGCCCAAGGCCAGACAGAUGAAUCCAGCGAAAAUGAGGAGGAGGAAAUAGAACUGAUUCCAGAGAAACACAUUAAUCAUGCAGCUGCUCUUCAAUGGACUGAACAUUUACUGGAUUAUCUAGAACAACAAGGUGAUAUGAUUCUACCUGAUCGACUGGUAAUACGUAAACUUCGAGCCACCAUCAGAAAUAAACAGAAGAUGACAAGCUCAAAUCAAUGAUAGCAUUUCAAUUUUACCAUUGUUUGAGUAAUUGCGUUUGUGACUCAUCUCUUUCAAGAUGGCUUAAUUUUUGUGUAUUUUUUGGAUUUUCAGACAUAGAACCUGUGAAGUGCAGGUACAGAAUGUAUCUAAGUGGUUUGAGAAUUGUGUGUCUUAUAUCAACUGUCUCUUGCCUCUCUUAUUUAUGCAGAUUAUCACAAGCCGAUUGUGUGUAAAUGAAAUGUACACAUGUAUUCACGUUUGUAGAGUUAAUCACUAUCCUAUAACAGUGGCAUUCCCCCAAAUUUCUAGCAGUAGAUAACAGUGAACCAACUGAGCACAUCCCCUAAGUCUUUUGCUUGAUUUAUGAGGGCUGCUGUAGUAAUCUUUUCCUGUGCUAGCCAUCUUAAAUGAUUGUCUCCUAUGGGUCUGAUUAAGCUGACAGGAUGAGAAAGACCUAUAUUAUAAGAUUGAGGGUAUAUAUAAUAGUUCACAAUGAAGUUCUGUAGUGAGCGGAAACAGUGAUAUAAGGAUUGUGAACAUCAUUUAGAAAUUAAUCUCAUGUGGGUUGAACAGGGAAAUUAUUCUGGAAGUGAAGUAAACGGAGUGAUUGCUAACUUAAAUGUGUAAAAGAUAUUCUGAUCAUUUAUAGGUAACUGGGAAUUGAAAAGUUGGGAAUUUAGGUUAUUUAUACAAAGGGAAUAAUAGCUUUAUUUUAAUUAGGCCUUUUUAUUAUGAAUUGUGUAACAUAUAGGUCUGUUAUGUAUUCAUCUAAUUCUAGUACAUGUUUUGUAAUGUUAAUCUCUGAUGGUAAGAGGACCUACCUUCUGUUUGGGGGAAGGUCAUCCCAAGACUUUUUAAGUUGCUAUGUUUGCCUGUUUUCCCUGAGUACUUGGAACUAUUAUGUAAAAUUUGGAAGAUUUGCCCUACUUGUUUUUCUAUUUGCUAUGAGAAGAAUAAAUGAAAGGAAUAAAGGUUUUAUUGUUUUAAA